CUUUUCAUCGAUCGGAACAAACGUUAAGUUCAGCAUGUAAUUCGCAAGAAAAUCAAGUGAAUAAAGCUGAUUUACCGAAAGAUCGACUAUGGAACUUGGAAAAUUCUUCGUGCUGGUUUUGGCCUGCAUUUUGCUCGUUUCGGGCAAUGCAGAUGCCAAAUUCAAACGCGGAGAAAUCUCUACGGAACAGGAUAUGGCCUUCCUUGGGCAAUUUUAUUUCCAAAACAGGGAGGACAACAUCCUAAACUUCACUAUCACAUACCCCGCUGACCAAUGCUGCUAUCGACUCGUCAUAUUUGAUGAAAGCUAUGGACAGUGGGGAAGUAUACGACCGAACGAAGAUAGACUGACCUGUCGGGGUAAAAUCGAUAAGGUGAAGGAUCUUGAAUAUAAAAUUAAAUUGACUGGCCUUGAUCCUACUUGUCAGUUGAUCACUGAUGACAAUGGUUUCAAAUGGCUUGUUUGUCAAGAUACCAUCACCUUCGAAUCCCGACAGCGACCACAGCACUACUUCGUACAGUUGGCAAAUUGUAGGAGUAAUAGAAAGGGAUUGAGGAAUGUCUCGUACACCUUACAUAUGACCAAUGGGAAAAAUGGACUCUGGACGGAAUUUGCGGAGAACCAGAAGUUCAUGAUGGAGACUGACUUGGCCUUCUUUCUUGGAUACGUGGCGAUGACUAUCGUGGCUACUCGAUUCAGAUACGUCUUGUCAUUGAGGAAACUACUGCACCUAACCUAUCGGUUAUUCUACAGCAGUCUGUUCUUCAAGACAGUGUGUCUUCUACUCCUAAACAUCGAUUUAUCGAGGUUUGCCCGGACCGGACUUGAAAUGACUAAGAUGCAAGACGCUGCUGAGGUAUUCUCGUGGCUGUCUACGGUUUUCUUUGUGUGUGUUCUGCUGCUUGUGUCAAAGGGGUUCUCUGUCACCAGAUCUCAGAUAAGCCUACCUGGAACAGUGAAGACAAUAGUGUUUGGUGCGAUCUACUUGACCUUCUACACAAUCAUCUUAUUUGACCAACGUGUGUUCCUUGACCCCCAAGACAUCAUUACUAGUAUGACGUCACUAUCAGCAAGCGGUUUGAUUGGCUUAAAGUUUACAGGCGCUAUCAUAUUCGUAUACGGCUGUAUGGUGACGAUCAAGAACCACCCAAGAAAGGUGCCCUUCUAUUUACCAUUCGCUAUCUUCUUUAGUGUUUGGUUUGUAGCUGAGCCUACCUAUCGACUUCUAUCCUUGUACGUCUACCCAGUUCUGAAAAGUCCGAAUAUCUGGAAUGGGAUUGACCUGGCUUUGUCUUUUGCUGGACAUGCCUAUUUCCUGUAUUUAACGCGACCGGGCCGUCUUAAUAAACGGUUCCCUUUCCAUUUGCGAGCAGGCAAGGUUUCUUUCCGUAAUAUCGAUGAGAACGUAGAAGAUCUCUAUGCUCCUUCGAAGGACUUUUAUUCAGUUUUUCAAACUGGAAAGAAAUCGAAUACCAGAACUGGACCGGCGUUGACUAUUCCCGAAGAACACCAGCACUUCGAAACACCUGUGGUGGCUUUCAACGCACCUUCUGAAGAGUGCCUGGCUGUUCUUCCUCGACCAUCCUCACCUGAUAUACCAACCGUGUCUGCUACUGUCGACCUGUCGUACCGAACACCCUCACCGGUUAUACCAACGGUAUCUGGUACUGUCCAGAAACAUACACCUGCAACGUCCUCGGUAUUUGUUUCCAUGCCGUCCGUAAUGGCUAGGCAGUCAUUUAAGAUCACUCCUGCUGUCUCACCAACCUGUAAGAUACGCAUGGAACAAAUUCAUGAGGAAGACAGGACGGCAGUUGAGAUAUCCACGGCUUCUGUUCCUAAUGGAGGGUUCUCUGUAUUCUGCGUCCAGAAACAACCGGACACUGGAACUUCUCCUGUAUAUGAUUCCAUCACAAAGGAACACAAGGAUACAUUACAAUCUGACGAAAAGCUUGUUGCUCCAAAGGGAGGAUAUUCGAUCUUCUCUGUGAACAAGCGACCGGACACACUGUCUUCUUUCAAAAACACUGGCAUGGAUGUAACGGAUCAAACACAGAACAAUUCUGUGAACAAGGAGCAACCCAGUGGUAAGAAUGCCUGCAGCUUCCUGCCAAGGAUCACACCAUCCAUCGAAUCCAGUGUUUUAUCUUCUUCUUACAUCAUCAAAGGAUCCGACUCUGAUGCCAACUGUCCUCUGGAGAAUCUGCCAGCGACAUGCAAACCCUAUCAACAUCAAGAGCCUCUGAAGACCAAGGCUCCUUGGGAAUCUGUAUCUGAUGAUAAGGUGAAUGAGACCAGAGUUGCUGAGAAUCCUAAACAGAUUGCCAUCAGAUCAGUGGAUGACUCUGUCUUUCAAUCUAAAGACACAGAUGAAACCGAAUCAUAUAGCCAGGUCAACGGCGGCACCAAAGUGAGGCUAAUUCAAGUGCGAACAGCUCAACAUGCCAACUCGCCGUUAAUGAACACUGGAGAAUCCGAUUCUGAUUCUGAGGUACCUGAGAUCCAAAGCCAGAAUAACAGCGGCACUCCAAAUGUGAGGUUAAUUCAAGUAAAACCGGCCAACGACCCAUACGUGAAGAUCGCUACUACCAGGCAAUCUAGACCUGCCGAUCAAGCUUUGGAGAAGAGUUCAACUAAGGAAUGCAACAACACCGUCAACAGUGCACGCUUCAUCACCGUAAAACCAGUGCACGAGCCUCUGCCAACCUUGGCUAAUCGUGUAUCUGCUGCUCUAGUCCAGAAAGCCCUUGAUGCUACGAAUGAGACCGUCCCAGAAAUAAAAUCAGUUUCUGACGAUAUUACAAUCUCCCAGCCAGAGUCUUCUUCCUUGGCAACGAAUGACGUGCUCCAGAUCAAGAAUCUCGGACCUGUUGUAGAUUCUCAAACGUGGCAGUACCCGGUUCCUCCCCCUAAGAUCCAGAACUGGACCACCGAGCCCCUGGAGCAAUCAAAGAGCCAAGUCACCAACAUCGGACAAGGAAAAGUUUCUGACGAAAAUUUCCUCAAUCUAGACAAUGGUCAUCCAACCUGUCCAAGUGAAACAGAUAUUGCUUCAACAUCUGGGGAUCACGCUCUUGUUCCUGUGGCAAAUGGAGGGGACUUUUCGAAGCCUUCUAAAAAGACCCGGAAGGAGCCUUCACAAAGACGAUUCCCCAAAUCAACCAACCCGGGAAUGACAACGGAUACCUCUUCUCAUAACCAAAAAAUGGCUAUGGAUUCAAAGACAAAGAAGAAGAAGCUCAAGAAAUUCCUAAAGCUCGCACGCAAGCACAAGAACAAGCCUGCGAAUGAGGAUUAGGAACUAACAUAUCACUUCAACUAUACUGCAAUGAUUGAAAAACAAACCGGAUACCUUUGGGCCAUAAACAAACCUUCACUUCACCUAGUAUAUUAUCCCAUAAGAAAAAAAAAUGGGCAUGUCUUUGGAUCAUUUACCGAAACUGAAAAAAAAAGAAUUUUCAAUAAGUCUUAGUUACGAACUCUAAAAUACAAUUUAUUUUGUUUAGGAAAAACGCUAAAUAUGCAACAGGUCAUAUAUAGAGAGCCACUAUUAACUGAAGCAAUCAGUGGGCUUUAAUUUCAUUAAAAACUGGCAGAGUUCUGAAUGAUGGUUACAAACAAAUUCAGGCUUAUUCAUUUAUUUCCAAAAGGAUAAUGGUAUGUUAUAUUCUAAUCAUAGAAAACUUUAUUUCAGGUUUGAUUUUCAAAGAGAAUUUAUUUUGCAGUUUGAGGAGUCCAUUGUCAUACUCUUCAACCACUAAUGAUUAGUUACUUAAAAAGUCAUAUUGAAAUAAUUAAAUGACGAAUCUUGAACAUACUUGAAAAUUGAAUUCAUUUAACUUAAUGAAACAAGAAUAUUGUCAACGAAAUGUAAUUUUGAGAAGUAUGCAUACCUUAUUGGAAAUAAAGCUCUAAAACAAUCUGCAGAUACUGACAUGCCAUACAAUGAAUCAAGCUUUGUUAAGUCUCAUUCUCAAUAAAGAAAUAUUGAAAUAAUCAACGUUUAAAACGUUCUUGUUUCUGAAUGUGUGAAGUAAGCGCAUAAUGCGAGUGUGUGUGUGGUUAUGUGGGUGUCCGACCAUGAAUAUACCAAGAACAACCAUCCUUUAAGAGCACGGAAGGCAUCAUAAAUAUGUAUUCGAUUGACUGGACUGCAAUUUUGAUGACCCUUUUUAUGAGUUUAGUUUUUAACAGGAUAUCCGAACAUCCAAUGCAAUAUUUGUUCAUGUAUAGAUUUCAGUGUAAAUAUUUUUUGUUGUUUUGUAGGUACUUUUCGACGAACGUAGAGGGCGUCAAGUGCUGGUGCUCUCUACGUUCGUUGAUAUUUUUAUAAAUUUGAAUAUUGAUUUCAAUCUGGUUAUAUGACGUAACAAUUCCAUUUCUUCACUUAACUGAGUUAAAAAAGGUAAGGAUAUAGAAAAUGAGAAAGUUGUUUACUUCCCGCUCUGUAUAGGGUACUCAAUAUCAACAUUGUCCAGUUUUUCUUCUCUCUCGUGUGCGGAGCGGACAAACAAAACAUAUACUUUUGGAUGUUUUAUUGAUUUGGUGCAUUGUUAAUAUAAAUGUUAUUUAUCAUAGCGAAUACGUUAACGUCGAAUGUAGGCAAUCAAACAUUGUUAUUUAUAUUUUUUCUAUGGAUCCAUAGUGUGUAUGUUAAAAUCCUAUACAUUAAAAACAUGCUUAAUAAGAUAUUUUUGAUGCUUCUAAUACUAUGCUUUUAAAUGAAUAUUGAUACUUUAGCAUGUCUCAUGUGCUGAGUUUUCCUUUUGAAAAAAGCCUUCUAUUCAUUGCCAAAUAUACGAGGAUAAACGAAAUAGUAUAUAAAUAACAAUUUGGACUUCUAACACAAUUAUAUUGAUGUAAUUUGUUGAAAUAUGUUUCGUUACAAUGGGGAGACUCGUUAAAGAAUAUUGAAUGCACAAAAAAUAAUUCGCCUAAAAACAAACAGCUCUACAUAUGCCUAUUUCUUAUUUGCAUUGAUUAUCAUUGUAAUAUGUGAAAUAAGUGAAUCAUUACGUUACGAUGAUGGCGUGGUCUUAUUUGCAAUAAACUUCCAAACUGCUUAUAAGAAAUAAAUUGCCGGGAAUGAAGAUUUUGACAAUCAAUCAUUAUGGUGAUUAAGUUUGCCGAUCAAAUUUGGAAUGUAUAACUUAUAAAGUAAAUACAGCCUGAUAUGAAAGGAUAUGAAAUGAAAAUUGUAAUGUUGAAAGUAAAAAAUGUAAUUAGUCAUUUCUAAAACCAAAACUGUCACUUGUGUGGAUUGUUUGAGAGCUUCGUAACUGAAGCCUAUAUUUUCACGUAAACUAUUAAAAACAAUUGAUUAAAAAUUGUUAACAUUGAUUUCUUGCCUGGUAACCUAAUGUAUGUAAACAUAAUCUUUUUCUAGUUGGCUAGCUUUUGUAUUGGUAUUAAAUUCGAUACCACAGCAUUAAAAAUAAAUAGAUGUAUAUACACAUAAUGAAAUCUAUAGUAGGCCUGUCGUGGAACGGUUGAAUAAAUCCAACUCGGCUUUGUAAUUAUGCGAGAACAGUUCUUCCGUGUGUUCCAGGAAAUAUACAGUGUACAUUGAUUUAUUGAUUUUUUUUUGGCUGUAAAUAUUCACUACAUGAAUGUGAUCAUUUUUGUGAUAAUGUAUUUCCCUUUAUUGAAAAAAAAAUCAUGCUUACUUUUUAACGUAAAACAUUAAAAAAAAAAUAUUACAGCACUGUUGGUAUUGCCAUCAGAUGGAUUAAAACUAAAUUUAUCAUAAUAAAAAUAGAAGAAGCCGGGUUUAAAGAUUUACAUGGGUGACCCCCUGCCAUCCCCUUCUGCGUACUACCACGGCUGACUAUUAUAUAUCGAGACAAUAAAUCCGAAUCCAGUGAAGUCUUGGGGGGGGGGGGUAGGGCAUCCAAUGAAGAACAAAAAACUUCCAAUAGAUCAGUAUGCAAUGGGACAGGUGCAAUGCUAUAUCCUUUGUUAGUCAAGAGAAAGUCAUUCAACUUUUGUCUGCAUAGAUGAUGGCAUUUUAUUCUGAGGAAAGAAACUAUUAGUCGAUAGAGCAUCUUUGUUUAAUUUCGUUUCUUUUUUCUGCGUUCAAGGAAAGCAAUGAUUAGAUGUUAUAAAAGAUAAACAGUAGCAAGAGUUUAAAGUAACUGAAAAAAAAACGUGAUGUCGAGUACAUAAUUGAAGUCACGAUUCAGUUGAAAAUAUAUGCAGUGUGGAAAGCAGGAGACCGCCAUCUCCAGUG